UUUAAAAGCAAGGGUAUAUUUUGCAAUUUACAAGCAGAUUUUUCGCGAUUGUUUUCAUUACUAUUUAAGUGCAAGCAAAGUAAAAUAAAGUGUAUUAAAAUAUAAAAACACGCAAUUAAAAUGCGUGAACUACCAAAAACACUCAGCAUUACGGUGACCACACCAGGUAGUACAGUGCCAUCGGGAGCGCCAUCCUCCGCUGGUAGGCAAGCUAGCCUUGAAGAUAUACAUUUAGAUCAGUUCCUCAAAACAUCUAACUAUGAAGAUACAGUGAAACAAUUAGACAUAUACUAUGGCAUCGUCAAACGACAAUUACUGCGCUAUCAAAGCCCCAUAACAGGUCUAUUUCCGGUUAUGAGUACAGAUCAUGAAGUGGGCUCCGUACGUGAUAGUGUUUACUGUGCAGCAGCUGUGUGGAGUUUAUAUCAAGCUUAUCGUCGUAUUGAUGAUGACCGCGGCAAAUCCUACGAAUUGGGUCAAUCGACCGUAAAGUGCAUGCGCGGCAUUCUAGAGUGUUGGGUGAAACAGGCUGGUCGUGUGGAAGUUUUCAAAACGCGUCAAUCCAAUCAACAUGCUUUGCAUAGUAAAUUUCAUUUGCAUACUGGUGAAGAAAUUUACGCCGACGAUGCAUACAAUCAUUUGCAAAUCGAUUUAGUGUCCCUGUAUUUAAUAUUUUUAGUGCAAAUGAUCACAUCUGGUUUGCAAAUCAUUUACACGCAGGAUGAAGUUGCUUUUGUGCAGAACUUGGUUUAUUAUGUUGAGCGUGCCUAUCGCACACCCGAUUUCGGCAUGUGGGAGCGUGGUUCCAAGUACAAUAAUGGCACCCCAGAAAUACAUGCUUCAUCUAUUGGCAUGGCUAAAUCCGCUUUGGAAGCAAUUAACGGUUGCAAUCUGUUUGGUGAGAAGGGCGCCUCGUGGAGCGUCGUUUAUGUAGACAUUGAUGCGCACAAUCGCAAUCGCAGUAUUUUUGAGACAAUGCUGCCGAGAGAAUCCAGCUCUAAGGGUGUGGACGCCUCAUUGUUAUUGACAUUAUCAUUUCCCGCCUUUGCUUCGCACGAGGAACGCUUAGUAGAGCAAACGAAGCAUAAUGUCAUUACGCGUUUGCGUGGCAAACGUGGCUUCAAACGCUUCAGUCGUGAUGGUUUUCUUAGCAAACUUGAAGAAAAAAAUAAACGCUACUAUCACAACGGCGAACUGAAAGACUUCGAAGGUCACGAAUGUGAAUGGCCGCUGUUUUAUAUUGAAAUGAUCAUUGAUGGCGUCUUCAAGAGCAACUCGGAGCAAAUUGAAGAAUAUCAAAAUGAAUUGCGCAAUUGCUUGCACACUGAUGUCAAUGGUGAUCCCGUGGUCACUAUGUAUUAUGCGCCAGAUGGUGACGGUUCCUACGUGCGCUCACCCUCGCAAUCACUUUUCCUUUGGGGACAAUCCAUGUUUAUCAUUGCGCAGCUACUAACCGCUGGUCUACUACACAUCAAUGAAUUGGAUCCCAUACGCCGUUACCUGCCGAGCUACAAUCGCCCACGACGCGGUGGUCGUUACUCAGCAUUUCAGGGAAAAGCCACCGAUGACAAACAUGCCACACCGCGUGUACCAUUAAUACUGGAUAUCAAAGAGGGCACCGCCACGGAUUUGGUCGUGCAGAUUGUCUUGAUUGCGGAAUCGCAACGCUUGCAGGCAAUGAUGGCCACAUAUGGCAUACAAACGCAAACACCGCACGAGGUUGAACCCGUGCAAAUUUGGUCUUCCACCGAACUUAUCAAAGUCUAUCAACAUUUAGGAGUAAAUAAUAAAGUUGGCCUAACCGGUCGCCCGGGCCGUCCCGUUGGCUCAUUAGGCACGAGUAAAGUAUAUCGUAUCUGCGGCAUGACUGUACUUUGUUAUCCACUCAUUUUUGAAGUGUCCGAUUUCUAUUUGUAUCGUGACAUGGCGCUACUGAUUGACGAUAUUAAAACCGAGUUGCAGUUUGUGGGCAAAUACUGGCGUCUCUCUGGACGUCCGACAGUGUGUCUGCUGAUACGCGAGGAGCAUAUGCGUGAUCCGCAAUUCAAAGAAAUGCUCAACUUGCUGGCUAUGUUGAAGAAGGGCUACUGUGAUGGCAUGAAGGUGCGCAUUGGGCGUCUGCAGAACUUGAUAAGCAGCUCAUGCAUUGAACAUCUUGACUUUAUGAACCAAACCAAUUUGCCGGACAAUGAAAACGCCUUUGUGCAGAUUAAUCAUGAGUACAUCGGCUAUCAGUCGUUGACCGACGUGCCGAAAGCGCAGUCCUAUGUAGAGCAGAAAAUCUCGCUAGAUCACUUUAAAAACAGACCCACACCCGAAAUCAUCGAGACCAUGCGCAACACCGAGUCCGUUUAUUGCCUCUGUCAGCUGUGGGGCAUUUUAUUGGAGCGCGAGGGUCCCAAUUUCGAAGUGAAUGGCCUGAGCGUCAAUCAAGCGCUAACACAACUCUAUCAUCGUUCCGGUUCGUUGCGUUACUGGCGCGCUGUGCGUUAUUGUUCCUCUCUUCUCCACCACAUAGUCGAUUCGAUCAGUCCGUUCAUCACCACGGUGUUGGUCAAUGGCAAGGAGUUGACUGUAGGCGUCAUCGGGCAAAAGGAGACGAAUUUCGAUAAACCGAUGACACCGGCGGAGAUACAGAAUGUCAUGUACACGACCGUACAACCCUACAAUGUGAUACAGGCAGUGUUGCAGCAAGAGGUGGUACUGUAUUGUGGACGUUUGAUCGCCACAAACCCUUCCAUGUUUAGGGGUAUAUUGAAGAUACGCGUCGGCUGGGUUUUGGAAGCUAUGCGUCUCUACUUGCAGAUGUCUGGGCAGGAAUCGAUUGAUUUGGAAAACCUUUCUCCCUUCCAAGUGCGCAUACUCUUGCAAAAGGUGCUGACUGUUUCUGAAUGGGCUGCAGAGGAAAAACUCACCACUUUACAACGCCGCCAAUUGGAAGGCUGCCUCUGCCGCGUACCAAAACAUUUCUACAACAAAAUCUGGGAAAUUUUGCAACGCACACAAGGUAUUACCACACAGGGACAUCUGUUGCCCUCUGCACCGACACUUGUGAAUAUGAGUCGUGGUGAGAUCACUUUUUCAUUGCUGGUGGAGGAGACUUUAAUGUGUAUAGACUGUCCGGAGAGGCGUCAAAUCACUGUAGAACUCUUAUGCAUCAUCGCCACAAUCUUGAAUCGCAAUCCGGAGUUGCAUUUCAAGCAAGCGCUUGAUAUCGAUGACAUAAUCAGCGAGGCGUUCGGCAUGUAUUGCAAGGACAACAACAUCGAACGUCAGAAUGACAACAACAUGCGGCCCUUCUAUGCACUCAUUUAUACCGAAACCACCGGCUAUUUGGCGCGCGCCGCUGUCAACAAAGUGCUGCAAGGUGGCGCUUUAUCGACACUAGAUGAGUUCUCGAAUGGCACGGACCAAUUGCGUUAUGAGACGUGUCAUGUUUCUUAA